GUCAGUUCUUGGUCGCCUUGGUCAAUAUGCAGUGCUCUGCAGUGUGGAAAGUCUGGUUAUCAGCAGAGAACGAGACAUAUUACAAGGCAUCUCAGUUGCGGUGGAGCAACUUGCCCCUCAAAUCUGCUUGAAACUAAGACCUGUUAUGGAAUUACCCCGCUUGAUUGUAUCUAUUCUACAUGGUCCACAUGGAGUGCAUGUCCGUCCACCCGAUGUGGAGAUUCCCAGACAAGUAGAAGAUACAUAGUGGCACGACAACAGUGUGGUGGUGCAGCGUGUAACAUGACUACUUUACGUAGAACACGAGUUUGCAAACAAACAUUCUGUGUCAACCAGGGAACUCUGCUUAAUGGACAAUGUUCCUGCAAGCCAGGUUACUAUGGAAGUUGCUGUCAGUAUAAUCGUAAGUACAGUUAG